UUCUUUUUUUUGUAUUUUUUGUAUUUUAUUAUUGUUUUUCCUUUUAAUCUUUAUUUUUGUCUUAUUGUGUCCUCUGUGGAGGAUUGUAAACCCGUAUGCAAUGGUGUAGCAACCUUGUCAGGCCCAGUAACGCGGUGUGUUGCCAUCACCCAGUCUCUUAAUAAUGGUUUUCGUCCUGGUGUUGUAUUUUUAUGGUAUCAUAGGUUGGAUUUCAAAGGGGUUUGUCUCAGGUGGAGCUUUGAGAUCCAACCUUGAAGCUUUGUUUUCUGAAUCACCCAGGUCCGUUGAUUUAGGAGCCUGGGUAUUUUCUAAUGUAGUGUUCUGGACUUGUUUUAUAAGGGGAAGUCAAGCUUGAUUUCUUUCCCGCUAAUAUGCCGAGUUGCUGCUUUUGUUCUCUAAGGUACUGUUUGAAAGCUCUGCUUGAUUGAAGGCAAUUAAUAAUGGCCACGGCACAGUGGACAUGGCCAGCUGCCACUCUUUUGUGAUCAAAAUGUCUUUAUCUAAUCCAUGGAAAUAACCGGAUGAGAGGGGGAAUGAAGAGGGAGAGACACCAGGCACAGAAAACUGGAAUGGUUAAAAAGGCCAAUUUGUGUUGGGACUGUGUAAGGAUGGGGUUGUGGCAACUCGUAAAAACUGUGGGAUUGAGAGUAACAAGGUUCUUCUUCAGAGAUGCUCACCUUGAGCUGUAAGUCUCAAGAACUGCAAAUAAAUGAGGGUGAAGGACAGACUGAUCCACUGAAAGCAGAAGUCACAGCUUGAACCGAGAAUGUUGGAGGGGCAGCGGCACGAUUCCUUCAGCACAAGGUGACAGGAGUGCCACUGCUGCAAUGGUUUCUGGAGCCCCGGGUGGGAGCCUGCAGGUGCUGGCCAUCAGAGCCCUGCCCCAAAGCGUCCGGCUGCCAGCAGUGGAUGAUGAGCUCGGUGCUCUCUUUCUGGAUGACCUCCUGGAUCCAGAUUUCACGCCUGUGCCUGAGGGACAACCCAGAGGCCCUGCUGGCGAAUCAGAAUGGAAUCCUGUCCAUGAGCCUGAGGGGAAUGCUGGAGGUGUGAGUGGAGGAGGUGAUCCAGCUUCCCCUCUGAGCUCUGAGACCGAAACCCGGGCAGAUGGCAUGGGUCUGGAACGGGGAAAGGAUGAAUCCAACAGAGGAAAGUCCUCCCAGGGGUCUUACCAUCCGAGAGAGCUGCUGAAGGAAAUGGAAGUGGCAGCUCCUGGGCUGAAUGCAGGGAAAAGCACAAAGGCUGCUGUUGGCAGAUCUGUGCGGCAGCGCCACGUGGCAGUAAUGGUGCUGCUCUCAGCUGUGCUGCUGUCUGUGCUGGUGCUGGCCUGCGUCGCUGCGUCGCGGACGUGGAACACAUGCCUUGUGUGCAAGAGGGGAGAGAGAGCAGCAGAGCGAGCUCAUCCUGACACCAGCUGGGAGGGAGUUCCAGCUGGAGAUGAAGUGGAGAGUGGAGAGGCAACGAGAGAGAUCCUUGCCCAAGCCAACAAGAACCUCAGCAAUAGUUCCAGUCCGUUCCGUUCUGCCAUCCCAGAGGCCAGAGGUGUUCAGACUCGUCUGGAAGACCUGGAGUGUGAACUCCAAGCCAUGAAAGAGGUCCAUGGGAACAGUGGUGAGUGCUGCUUCCUGUCAGAGGACGGCCCUGAAAGUGAGAGCAGAGGAUCAGCAGCAGAGCAUUUGCCCUUCACCCUCUGUUCCCUGGGACGAGUAUCACCAAUAGUUCGAAGAUUCUUAGCUCGCCAUAGCUACAAUCCUUCUGAGGGUCCCAAUGAGGACCCAGAAAGCGAGCUUCCUCUGACUGCUGGGCAGCACGUUUAUGUCUUUGGAGAUGUGGAUGAGGACGGCUGGUUUCUGGGAGAGCUGACGGAUGGCACGAGAGGGCUGGUCCCUUCCAGUCUGGUGACAGAGGUUUCAGAUGAUGAGCUGGACACAACGAUGCCUCCCGAGCUCUGUGAUCUGCUGGAAACGGAUGAUUAAGUCGAUGCAAAGAGUCCAUAAUGCAGCAACAUCCUGUCGCAAUUCUUGCCUCACUCCAUCUGCAAGACGACCCCCCGCUCCACUUGAUGUUCGAGUGAAGCGUGAGCAGGAUGUGGAUGAGCUCCUCCUGGGAAGAUCUGAGAUGACUGACAGUGCGACUG